CUGAAAAAUAAGUAAAUAUAAAAUUAAUUAACGGAAAUCGCAACUGAACAUUUGAGCGAUUAUAAAAGGAGGAGCUUGGGUUAGAUGGUAAUGGCGAGAACAAGAAAGCGAUGGAGGAGACUCAGCAGAGAAAGGCGGAGGAGACUCAGAAGAGAAAGGUGAAGGCGGUGGCGCGGAAGCGGCGGGCAUACUCGGAGUUCUUGCCGCUGGGUGAGGCUCUCGGCGGCUAUAUCUUCGUCUGCAAUAAUGGGACCAUUCUCGACUGUCUCCGGCGAAAUAUAUUCGGACUCCCUGAUCGUUUUGGAGAAUCGGUUAGAGCAAUAAGGCCUGGAACACCUGUCUUCCUCUAUAAUUAUAGCACUAGACUACUGCAUGGAAUUUUCGAGGCAGUAAGCUUUGGAGGCAUGAAUAUCGAUCCAGAAGCUUGGCCGCACCCUGAGAUUCCGGGCAGAUCAUUCUAUCCUGCUCAGGUUCGUGUACGAUGCAGGAUGGCCUGCCCGCCUCUAAACCGUGCCGUGUUCAGAUCAUUAGUCGGACACUCUGCUGCUAACAGAUAUCAUCAAGAGUUGAGUGUGUCUCAGGCACUCAUGCUAUUGGAAACCUUUCAGUAUUUGCACUGGUACUGUGUUACAUUAGCUCAACAAAUGGCCACAUCUGCCUUCUAUUAUUGGCAUGUUUGAUGAGAUAGAUCUGCUAGAUACUACUUUGUAACUAAAGUGCUUCAUACCUGUUUCUGUUUUAGUAUUGUUUGGAAAUGAGUAGUGGCUUUGGAUUUAAUGAGCUCACUUUUUUCACAUGUCUAAAUACUUAAUGCUAUUUCGAUAUAAAUUGCAUCGUCUAUUCUGU